GAUGAGCAGCCGCAGGGCUGGAGAGAAGUGCCGGUCAGCCUGCAGGAUGCUGCCGCCGCUCUGCCUCCUGCCGCCGCCGCUGCCCUCGGGGGCCGCCUCUGCCCUCCCCCUGGAGCGCGGCCUCGCCGGCCAGACACAUAUGCAGGAAGUGGCAGAAAUAAAGAAGAACAGCCUGUUGACUUUCCUUGCGUGGUGGUGUGAGUGGGCCUCCCAGGACAGGGCAGUGUCCUUUGUAGGAGGGGAAGCCAGGGAGGUGUCCAAACGGCAGUAAGUCCUGCCCCUCCAACAGUCCACGCGCCGAGAUAAAACGCCCUGCAAGAAUUUCUUCUGGAAGACCUUCUCCUCCUGCAAAUAAAACCGCACCCAUAAUUACUCAUGCAAAGAAGUGUAACGAUGGAUCUGAAUAAAAUGUAUUAAUCAGCCGU